UUCGGGGGCGAGCGUGCGUGUGAGAGUGCGCGCCAGCGAGCGUGAGUGUGUGUGCGCCCCGGGCGCGGGCAGGGCACACUCCGACCGCGGAGGGAGCGGCGGGAGACGGGCUGCCGCGUCGUCACUCGGGAGAAGGAGGCGGCGGCGGUGGCGGUGGCGGCCGAGGCCGGGGCUGGGGCAGCGGCGGCCGCGCCGGGCAUGGAGCUGGCAAGCCCGCGCUGAGACAGGACGCGAGAGGCUCUCCGCUGUCCGGCGCGCGGGCUCCCGGGCCGGGGCCAGACAAACUUUUCUUUCUCUUUUGCCAUCACUUAGAGGCGCCUUGUGCGGCGGGCGGAUCGACUCCUGGCGCGGCGGGGCCGGGGCAAGCUGGACGCGGCAUGAUGCGCGCAGUGUGGGAGGCGCUGGCGGCGCUGGCGGCUGUGGCGUGCCUGGUGGGCGCAGUGCGCGGCGGGCCCGGGCUCAGCAUGUUCGCCGGCCAGGCGGCGCAGCCGGAUCCCUGCUCGGAUGAGAAUGGCCACCCGCGCCGCUGCAUCCCGGACUUUGUCAAUGCAGCCUUCGGCAAGGACGUGCGCGUGUCCAGCACCUGCGGCCGGCCCCCGGCCCGCUACUGCGUGGUGAGCGAGCGUGGCGAGGAGCGGCUGCGCUCCUGCCAUCUCUGCAACUCGUCGGACCCCAAGAAAGCACACCCACCCGCCUUCCUCACCGACCUCAACAACCCGCACAACCUGACGUGCUGGCAGUCGGAGAACUACCUGCAGUUCCCGCACAACGUGACCCUCACGCUGUCGCUAGGCAAGAAGUUCGAGGUGACCUACGUGAGCCUGCAGUUUUGCUCGCCACGGCCCGAGUCCAUGGCCAUCUACAAGUCCAUGGACUACGGGCGCACGUGGGUACCCUUCCAGUUCUACUCCACUCAGUGCCGCAAGAUGUACAACCGGCCGCACCGCGCGCCCAUCACCAAGCAGAACGAGCAGGAGGCCGUGUGCACCGACUCGCACACUGACAUGCGCCCGCUCUCCGGCGGCCUAAUCGCCUUCAGCACGCUGGACGGGCGACCCUCGGCGCACGACUUCGACAACUCGCCGGUGCUGCAGGACUGGGUCACGGCCACUGACAUCCGCGUGGCCUUCAGCCGCCUGCACACUUUUGGAGACGAGAACGAAGACGACUCGGAACUGGCGCGUGACUCCUACUUCUAUGCGGUGUCCGACCUGCAGGUUGGCGGCCGCUGCAAGUGCAACGGCCACGCGGCGCGUUGCGUGCGCGACCGCGACGACAGCCUGGUGUGUGAAUGCAGGCACAACACGGCCGGCCCUGAAUGUGACCGCUGCAAGCCCUUCCACUACGACCGACCCUGGCAGCGCGCCACGGCCCGAGAGGCCAACGAAUGCGUGGCCUGCAACUGCAACCUCCAUGCCCGCCGCUGCCGCUUCAACAUGGAGCUCUAUAAGCUAUCUGGACGAAAGAGUGGGGGCGUCUGUCUCAACUGCCGCCACAACACGGCAGGCCGCCACUGCCACUACUGCAAGGAGGGCUUCUACCGCGACAUGGGGAAGCCCAUCACCCACCGGAAGGCCUGCAAAGCUUGUGAUUGCCACCCCGUGGGUGCCGCUGGCAAGACCUGCAACCAAACCACUGGCCAGUGUCCCUGCAAGGAUGGCGUGACAGGCAUCACCUGCAACCGCUGUGCCAAAGGCUACCAGCAGAGCCGCUCUCCCAUCGCCCCCUGCAUCAAGAUUCCUGUAGCGCCACCAACCACUGCAGCCAGCAGCGUGGAGGAGCCUGAAGACUGUGACUCCUACUGCAAGGCCUCCAAAGGGAAGCUGAAGAUCAACAUGAAGAAGUACUGCAAGAAGGACUAUGCUGUCCAGAUCCAUAUCCUGAAGGCGGACAAGGCAGGGGACUGGUGGAAGUUCACAGUGAACAUCAUCUCGGUGUACAAGCAGGGCACAAGUCGCAUCCGCCGUGGUGACCAGAGCUUAUGGAUCCGCUCACGAGACAUCGCCUGCAAGUGCCCCAAAAUCAAGCCCCUUAAGAAGUACCUGCUGCUGGGCAAUGCCGAGGACUCGCCUGACCAGAGUGGCAUCGUGGCAGACAAGAGCAGCCUGGUGAUCCAGUGGCGGGAUACGUGGGCACGGCGGCUGCGCAAGUUCCAGCAGCGAGAGAAGAAGGGCAAGUGCAAGAAGGCCUAGCGCGGAGGCAGCGCGCGCCGGCUCAGGCGGCCAGGGCGCCAGGGCGCUGGCAAGAGCGAUGGCCACAGACUUGGCCCUCCAGGGCUUUCCCAGGUUGGGGGAGGGUGGGGGCGGGGCGCAGUCUGAGCGGGGGCGGGGCCCUCGGCGGCUCCACCCCAGCCCCACCCUCGCGCCCCCAGCGGCACCCCUGUGCACACAGCACAAGAGGACCCUGUGUUGACAGGCCAGGCCCUGGAGAAAUGAGGACGACGUAGCUACUACCUCACGGCGCUCCUUCCAGAGCAGAGAUGCGCUUCCCUAGGGCAAGGUGGGGUCGCCGUGGAGGGGCUGGGGGCAGCCGGCCCUGAGGCCCAAGAGGCGGGCACAGAAUGGCACAGUGGCCCACAACCGCUGUGCUUGCUGGUUAUUGGAGAAGGGGAUAUGAGGAGAACUGUGAAUUUUCAUGCCUGCAGCCUGGGCACGGGCAACCAAACCAUCAUCCCCGACACAGAAGAACCGCCCCCCCGCCCCCUCCCCACCUUUCUCCGCGAUCUACUGUCUAGGAAUUCCCAUAGGACUCCUGACUUUGACAAUCUGGUUCCUCUGUCAAGGGGCCAGAUGGCAUUGGGUAAUCCAGCUUCUGGGCGUCAUCGCCACCUGCUGGACUGGUCUCCUGGGUGGAGCUCACUAUCUGUAGUGGGGGUGGGGGGACUACUGGGUCCCACUCUGCCCCAGUGGGGCUGGUCUAGGCUUCUGGCCCAUCAGAGGGCCUAAGGCCCAAGGACACCCCUGAGAAGCCCAAGCCGGGUGGUCACUGGCUCUGCUGGCACUGCCUGUGGGAGGAGGCUCUGUAAACCAAAACCUCCCAGAGAGUUUCCUUUCUGGAAACUUGGAAACAGCCCCUUUUAUGACAUUUUUCCAGGGGAGGGGGAGGGGGGACUGGCGGGGUUUAGGGCAAUGACACUAUUUGUGUAAUGACAUCAGCUCCCACAAGGCCUCUCAGCAGUGUCAACAGCUGGAAAGGGCCUGGUCAGGCAUGGAAUGCUGGCUGUACAGACAGUUGGGCCGAGCUUGGGGGUGGGGGCUUGCUCGAGUCAGGACAAGGUUGCUGGCUCAGCCAGGUGCCCUAGUGUCCAAAGCCAUAGGCAGGCAGAGCCCAGAGUGGCCAGAUUCCUAGGAGCCAAGGAAGCCGUGGCCACUUCCUGUUGCCGUCUUCACUGCUGGUUCCCAAGGGUUAAGAAUCCCACUGUGGCCCACAGCUGUCUUUGUCUUGCCUGGGCAGCCUCACCCAUUCCUUUCUGGCUGUCUUGUGACAGUUCCUAUGCCUUCCUCUGUGCCUAGUCCUCUUAAGCCUCCAAGAAUAUCCUCAGGCAGGCAGCUCCAAGUCUUUUCUUCCUGUUGCUUCACAGGCCCCCUUCGCCGCCUUUGCCUCCCUCCACUCAGGCCUCCAGCCCCAACCUCAUGCCCUGCACACUGGAUGAGAGGUCUGGCUCCUCUCUCCGUCAGGAAAUUGGUUUCAUUUCCCCUGCCCAUUUAUGGCUGCCCAAAAGGACCAUACAAGGAAUGAAGCUCAGCCCCUUAGCAGCUUGGCUUUGCUUCUCCCACUUGUGCCCACGUCACCACUGCCAUUUACUGAGCACCUGCUUGGUGCCAGGCACUUUACCCACACACUCUUAGCCUGUCUUCAUAAUAAUCCCAUGGGAUAGGGAUUGUCAUCCCCCUUUUUACCAGAAAAGAAAUGCAUACGCAUGCAUGCCUAAGGUCACAAGUACACGAUAGCACUGGGACUCACACUCUGGCCAGCUGCACACCAGCUCUGUGGCCCACUUAGCAUUUCCCACAGCAGGAUGGGGGUUGGGGAAAAGCUGUCAAAUGCAACUGGGUUUGGAAACCUUGGUUGAAACCUCGAGAAUAUGAGCCUGGAGUGGGGUCAGCGACAGGCACAGUGACACCUCUAGAGGGGGCAUCAAGAGUGGCAGGGUACAGGGAAUGGACUCACUAGAGAGCAGCUCCAGGAAGUCCCAGGGUCCAGGAAGGUAGGCUUUGGCCAUUGGAAAGGGCUUAGAAAGGUGACUUGGCUACUCCAAGCAUGGGGAGAGGGUGGCAGGGAGCAGAAAGACCUGCCCGGGAAAGGUCAUGUGGUUUCCUUGGCCCAAGCCUGAGGUUAGAGGGCAGGGGCCUUUCCCUAGGCUCUAGCCCGUGUGGUCUGCUGAGUGCUGUCAGCAGCAAAUGGCUGCAUGCUGCAAAGCAGCUGUCCUAUUGUUAUACUAACAUAACUUCUGACUUACCCAGGAGGGCUGUGCCAGCUCUGCCCUGUGAACCUGGGUCCCAGUCUCACCUGGUAUCCUUUGAGACCCCUUAGCUAGAGCCAGGGACCAGCAAAGCAACAAGACAUAUUGCUGAAAAUCCAGUGACACCCCUCAACCACUCCAGUGAGGAUUACGUUGAAUGGCCAGGUAGAAGUCAUUACAGUUUGUCACAGCUGCCUCCUGCAUGUCUUGAACCCAGCCUGAACCUGGCUCACCUCUCCUCUGCCUGAGAGCCAGCCUGGGGAACGCAGCCUUCUCCCACCCACCCUCUGUCCCACCCCAGGGAGGAGAUGGAAAGGGGAAAGGAGAUGGAAAGGAGACAUCCUAUUUGUACAGUUAGGAAGGGAUGCAAAACGGAAGUAGGUUCCGAGUUUGAGAGUGUAUUAACAGAGUUGUGAUAUGUAGGUCUUUGAAGAGCACCAUACCAUGCAUACCAGGUUAAUAAUUCACCAGUCAGACUCCCCAGCUGCCCUUUUUCUUACCAACUGGGUAGUCUGGUGCCCCUGUCAGCCCAGUGCCUGCUUUGCUAACACAGUCACACAAAAGUGUGUGGUUGAGAGAGGAAAUGGGGUAUCCCUAGAUACACUUGUGAGCUGUGACCUCUGUCUAGAGCAUCUGUCUUUGAAAGCAGGGCAGGAGGCUGUGAAUGGCCCACAGCCCUUAGGGACCUCUUGGAACACUGCCUCAGUAGUAACAUACAGGCAAUGGGUACAGGCUGUCUAAGAACUGUCCCAAGCUGGAACAAGACAAAUGAAGAGACCUUUAGGGACUGACUUGGGAAAUGGUUCCUUUAGAAUCUCAACACUUAAAAGACCCUCCUCUCCUCCAUCCGCAGAGCCUAGAGAGUGGGCAAAGCUCACACUGAUGGGCCAUGGUCCGAGGAUAGCUGUUCCUGUGGACCACAGCCAUGCCAUACCCCAGGGGUAUCAAAAUUGUCUUUGUGGGUCCUUGCCCCUGCCAAAAUCCAAGCCAGCCACCCCUCUUGUGUUGUUGGACAUCCCUCACCAUUUCCUAUUCCAGACACACCUCCUGGCCUCCCUGGCCUCCCUCCUGUGUUGCCGAUUUCUGCUUACUCAGAAUUGUAAAUGUUUAGUUGUGACCAUGACAUAUUGUUUGGGUCAGUGUUCCUUUCCAAUGCAUACUAAUAUAUUAUGGUUAUUAUAUAUGAAUAUAUUUAAUGACAUGGAGAAAGUUGUGGAUUUUUUUAAGGUUUUUUUUUGUUUGUUUGUUUAAAUUAGAGUUGUGAUGGACCCAGAUGGAACUUGUAACGUGGGCCCCACAUGAUAGAACUAAAUUCAGAUAUCAUUAAAUAAACUCUUGUAUACUGUG